GUAAGAUUGUCAAGCUGCUUCAGAGUGACAUUCCACAUACAUUUUAUUGCAGGUAUUUCUAAUCGUUUAAUUUAUCUAAUUUUUCUUUUAAAUUUUAUUUUAAUUUUAAAAACCCCAUCGAUCUUUUUAAUAGAAAACAAAUUUUCCGAAAUUGUUGACACCAUAAUCAUAAGGUCGGUAGGCUGAUCUAGAUAUAUAUGAAUAUGAUAGAUAUUUUUUGAAAAUGUCAUAGAUUUUCUUUCUAAUUUGUUUCUUUUUAAAUAAUAUAAGUACGUUUGUUUCUGGAAAUAUUAAUAACAUAGGCUUUGACUUAUUCUAUAAAACAUAGUAAGCUAAAAAAAAAAAAGAAGAAAAAAACCUCAUUAAAACCAUGAUUCAUUUGCAGCAGGUGCAAUAUUGUUAACCCAUUGCAAGUCAAUUAUUUCACUCCCACUUUCAAACCAAUGUCUUUUAUAAUAUAUAUAUAUGCAUGAUUGCAUAUAAGUAUAAGAACAUCUUGGCUAUAGUCUACAGUCCAUAUUUAACGUGUACGUAUAUUAAUUAACAUCUAUAGGUAUCCAAAAUGGCCAGCAAGACACAAGCUCAGAGAUUUAUAAGCUUUAUACAUCAACAAAUUGAUACACUCAAGGGAGAGAGGAAAACUUUACUAGAGGCUGUAGACGAAGCUGCAAAUCUGGUAACUAUGUUUUGUCUUUAAUUAUUCAAAGAUAAAUUAUUGCAGCACACAUUAAAUCUAAAAAAAAAUGAAACCUUUUACAAAAAAAUAAAUACAUGUUGAUUUAAAAUUGCGUUAUUGAUCUAGAAUUAUUGAUGUUAGUCAUUUAAUAUAAAGCUUUCAUAAAACAAUUCUAUAAAAUGUAAAUGCAAUUGUCAUCUUGUAUCUCAUGCAUAGGUACAAAGUGAAGUAGAUGCCUGGGUUAAUGGAGGUCUUGUCAAUCAGACUACAUUUGCCCAAAUGAACAACAGAAUUACGCAAUUCAUUGCAUUGUUUAUGGCUAAGUCUGUUGAAAUUUCAGGUAUUUAUUUAACUAUAAAAUGCCAAUAUGUAUUUCUUAAAUUUGUAUACAUAAAUAAACAUAAAUAAUCAUAAUAUAGGCAACACUGAUUUUAAUUAUUAUUUUUUAAAGCUAAUGUAAUUUUACAAGUUUGUUAUCAACUGCAAUGGAAUGGACUUGAAGAAAUAAAAUUUAAUAAUCUUUCCUAAAAAAACGUAUGUAUUUAAUAAUAUAUUUAAAAAAUGCUAUCAAAAGGUUUGAUAUCAUAAAAUGUUUAUUUCUGCAAUAAACACAAGCAAAUAAAAAAAGUAUUUUAUGUUUUAUUACCGUACUACAAUUUUUGACAUAUUCAGAGCUAGAGAUUAACGAAAAUGAAAGUGAUCCAACGUCCUCGGCGAACAGCAAUAAUUCGACAAUGCCCAAAACCAGUUACACAAAGGAAGAAGCUCAAGAGAGUUCAAUGUUUAGUAGAGAAGAAACAUUAAAUAAAUCAGGUGAAAAAUUUUGUUAAAAAUAUUUCUUUUCUAAAUAAUUGUAAAUGUGUCUUUAUUCAAAUGUAUUCCAUUGGAUUGAUAUUUUUAUCAAUUAAUUGUUAAAUUUCUAAUUAUAUCAAUCAAAAUACAAACACGAAUGUCAACAGAAGAUGAAUAUCGUUGUUGUAAAGAAAAUAUUUGAAAAUUAUAUUGGACUCAAUCCCAAUAAGAAACAUAAAUAUAAGGCCAUUUUUGAGAUUUAUCAUUAAAUCCCCACCUUUUGAAUUAUAUGACUAAAUCUAAAUUCAAUAUAUUGAAAUUUAUAUUUCAAUACAGGUUUAGAUACUUCUUAUAUUACCACUACUAGAUUUGCCAUACUUGAGGAAGCUGUAUUCUCAAUUAUCAAGACAACAGAACAAGUUCAAGAAAAACAAGACGGUGUCAACAAAACACUGGAAACAUUAAAAAACGCAAAUUUAAAAUCAAAGACAAAAAUUCAAGAAAGACUUACACUACUUGAGAAAAAAAGCAAAGAAAUGUCUUCAUAUGUUGAUGAAUUGUUUGAAACAAAAUCAAAUGUUGAUUUGAAGUUAAGAAGAAUAGAAGAGGAAAAUACUUAUGCUAAUAUUUCAAUAAAUGAACUGAAUAAACAGAUCAGCUCUGUUAAAACUCGUAGCAAUGACGCCCUUAUGUCUAUACAAGAUUUGUCAAAGAGCGUCGAGAAUACAAAUCAACAUUAUAAUGAAAUGUCUGAUAAGAUGAAUCAACUGGAAAUCUCCAUGAAUCUCAUGUCAUCUCAGUGCACGGAGCAAUUUGAGAGUAUAAGCUAUCUUAAUAAGGAUAAAGUUGACAAUUUGGUAAGAGUUAUUCUUAUCCCCAAUACGUUUCUUGUAUAUCAACGAUAUCAGUACCGGUAAUCCAAAUGACUUUCUUUACGAUUUAACAUACACAGCUGACCGGUAAACAGAAGGACACAUCUUUGUCAAAUAACAUUUCCGUAGGCGAGCUGCCAGACGCUCUAAAUAAUAUUUUUAUUAAAAAGUUAUAUUAUUAUCUAUAUCUAUUAUCUAUUAUCGAAUUUUUUAGAAUUUGGAGUACCACAGGGCUCGGUCCUAGGCCCGGUGCUUUUCACUAUGUACGUUCAGCCCCUGGGUGCAGUGAUUAAGCAGUUUAUAUGCUCUAUCACAUGUUCGCGGAUGAUACCCAACUUCAGCAAUCCGUGAUCCUUUAUUAGUUCCCCUCAGCUUCUUAGUAUGACACAGAAGACAGUGGAGUCAGUUAAGCACUGGAUGACCAUAACAAAGCUCAAAUUGAACGAUGAAAAGAUCGAGCUGAUCCCCAUUGCUACCGCUCAAAAGCUAAAAUCUGUAAAUAACACACCACCCCUUUCUCUCUCAGGUAUACAGAUUGAAUUUGCUCAAACAGUGCAAACCUGGGUGUCUACUUAGACAGAACACACUCUACGGAAAAUCACAUUAACAUGCCUUGCAAGGCGAUUUUUCUAGAGCUGCGCAGAAUUAGUCAUAUCAGACCUUUCUUAACGUUUGAUGCAUUCUUGCUAUCACGCAUGGACUACUGUGAUGCUCUCAAUGUGGGUUUUCCUGCUACGCUCCUGGAAAUUUUUUUUAAAAGUACAGAAUAAUUUGGCUCGCAUUGUUUUUGACAAACGAAAAUUUGACCAUGCUAAACCACUUCUGAGAGAAUUGAAUUGGCUGCCGGUCCGCGCUCGCAUAGAGUACAAAACUGCAACUCUGUGCUAGCACUGCUUGCAUGACCUGGCACUGUCCUAUCGCAAAGUGAUCCUUACGCCUUAUGUACCCACUUAGACAACUCCGCUCAUCCGAUAGUGGCAAACUCUCUAUACCACGUGUUCGCUUUGAAACUUUCGGGGGAGGCGCACGUUCGCAUUUGCUGGCCCCAACAAUUUGGAACACACUUCCUGUCACUCACAGAAACAGCCAGACACUGGAGUCUGUCAAAACCGAUUUGAAAACAUAUUUAUUUCACAAACACCUGUUGGAGUGAUGUUUUCUACCAUAUUUUCCAGCUAGCUAUUAUCUCCUAGAUGUAUAGUGACAUGUGUUGUUCAUGCUUUGCAAGGGAUGAAAGACUUAGAAAGGGUAUUCUCGUAUGUAGUUUGUGUAAUAUUGCGUUUUGUAUUUCAAUGUGUAAAAUAUAGAUUUUUUCAUUUCUCUUUUUAUAUGGAUGACUUUGUACCGCGCUUCGAGCCUAUGGAGAUGAAGCGUGAUUUUCAAAUAAAUCUUUAUUAUUAUUAUUAUACAAUUCUUGAAAGUGCUUAGCGAAUUAUGAAAGUUUUCAUUCAAUUUUUAUAAAAGAGAUUGUUUUUAUAUAUAUUUCUUUUAAAUAUUAAAUUAAUAAUUGAGUGGUACAUAAAAUUAAAGAGAGUUUUUUUUUUAAUAUACACCAUUUAUUUAGAUAUGAUGUUUGCCUUUUUCAUAGAUUGGUAUGGUUUGUCAACUGAUGUCUAAACGACUGGCUCCUUUGGAAACAUUAAAUGAUACUUUAAACAAGAAAGUCAUCUUGAGCAAAGAACAUAUUUCAAAGGUAUGACUGUACUUUCAAUUAGAUUUAUUACCCUGUGUAUAAUGGGUUAUUAUUUAAAUAUUAUGUCUUACAUUAGGCUGCUUUGUUUGUCAACAUCUCCUUUUUUAUAGUCAUGGAGAUUAAAAUUACACAGUAUUCAGUAUUCUGUAAACAAAACUUUAAAAAAAAAAUUAAUACACAAUUCAUCAUUUGUGUGUCGAGAUCAAAUUCUAAAAUUAUUAAUACUUGAAACAGCGUUGCAUGUUCAGAAUAGACAGUUGCGCACUAUUAUAAAAACUUUAUUGCAUACUGUUACGUGCCUGGCCCCUUUUGUUUAGGUACUCUAUUAGACUGACCGUGUCAGAUUAACACAGCCAGGAAGCACGACGUCUGUAACUGAUCACGGCCACCACCAACCUUGAUUUAAGCUGACCGUGACCUAUUAAAUGGUCAAGCACGCGAAAUGAAUAUGCUAUUAGACUGGACGCAUCGCCCGGACGCAUCGCCCCUAGAGGGGUAGACCAAAUGAGGAGGACAGAGAGAUAGGUGGUCAGCCGUCCCAUGCAAUUGCUUAAUACUAGAUUAGGGCCAUUUAAUAUUUAGCAGAAAUAUUAAUUCCAGGAAGUUAGACUAGUGAUAGUAUUGCGUGUUUUAUUAUCAGUGUCAGAUUUAGAUAGUUAGAAUUGUAUUCGUUACUUUAUAUGUAGAUUUCAUGUAUCUUUGUUCACAUAGUAGUUCAUGUAAUAAAGUACAUUUAUAUAGUGCACUGAUUGUCUUUAUUUUAGCCAAUAGUGUGUCUAAAAUCUACCUGUGUUAGCCGUCUUUUCAAAACCCCUAGACCACGAGCUUGUUCACAUUCAUUGAACACAUAGGGGGGCCUAACAAUACUAAUAUAGCAAGUGUAAGCAAGAAAGACAUAUUAUAUUUUCAGAGUAUUCACUAAGCGUCUCUUUUGAAAUUCAUUACUCAAUUAUCCACACAUUAAGAAAUACAAUUUAGAAAGGUUUAUUGAUUAGCUUAAAUUUAAAUAUUCAAAUUAUGAAGAAACAAAGUCAUUUCCUUACAGUGAAGUUAUCUAAAGCUAUAAUAGUUUUAUUACAAUUGCAAAGACAAUUUUGAACACUCUCUCAUGGACUGAGAAUAAAAGCAAUUGAAACAACAAUCAGUCAUAAGUAUCAUUUGUUUGGGUCUAAUUUGCUAAAAUAAAUUUAUAAUUUUGAUAACAGCAUUUUCUGAUUUGCAUUAUUUGUAUCAAAUUCUCGUUUGAUAAUGAUUUAUUUUAUUACCGUAGCUGUAAUGUGAUGGAAGAAUUCGGGGAUGAAUGGUUUAUAAUAAACCAUUAUUACUUUAGGUAUGCCAAGGAAAAAUGUCUAUAAACAGUGAGUUGGGGAAGAAGUAAGAUUUUAAAAAAGUCCCUGGUGCGUUUAGUUGUUUUUGUUUCGUUGUUUUUUUUGUUUUUUUUUGUGUUCAACUUUUGGAGAAAUUGUGUUUGGUGGGAAAAUCAUUUUAAUAAAAUGAAUAGUUCGUAUUUCAAAUUACUUAGUGAUAGCGGGUUUAGAGUUCAUGUAGUUUAAUUUGUCAUAACAUGGAUGACUGCUUUCAAAAAUGUAUCAAUAUUCUUGACAUAGUGCUUAGCAUAAAUUUAAUUUCAUUCAGGAAAAAAUAACAGGAUUAAUAUCAUUAAGUACCGUAUCUCAUUACUCACGAAGAACUUUGCAAUCUUGAUUAUUGAUCUCAUUUUAGAUUUUAGAACUGCUUUUGUCUUUUAAUAUUUUGAAACCUGUUGUGUUGAUAUUGCAAUUUUCUGAAAUAUGUAUUUUUGGGUAUAAUUGAUCUUUUAGAUUAGAGUAGAUUAGAUCUAACUUUAAGAAAGUUAAAAGGAAACAUAGAACAAAGCCAACACGUAAUGCACCAGGAUGAAUGGAAAAUGAGGUUUAACUUUUGUUACUUUCUUUACUUUUGCAGGUAAAAUCUAUUGAUACGCAAUUGGCGGAAAUAUCCGUUAAAGUUAAACAUAUUGGUACGUUUAUUUGACACAUAUCAGUUAAAUGGGGAAAAAAUCCUUUAAAGCUAACAAUAAAUCUGUUAUAAAAGACACAUUGUUUCUUUUUAUUUUAAACUUCAUGCAAAGAUUAAAAUAGUCCCUAUUAUUCAUAACUGCUUUAAAAAAAAUCAUUUUGCAAUUUUUUAUUGAAAGCUCACGAUGCUUUGUUGAAUUGAGAUUUGAUCAAUAUGAUGAAGUUAAAUAAAUGAUUAAUUCCUUCAAACUCAGAGAAUGUAUACACAAAGCUGUGAAUACGACCUUAUAGGAUUUGAUAUCAAGAUUUAUUAAUAAAAAAAUAAUAAAGUGAUCAUGGAAACAAAUUACGCUCUGCACUCUGUUAUAGUGUACAAUGUUAUAGUGUACACACGAUUCUCCCAUUGCGCAUCUCACUAAGUUAAUUUACUGAUUUGGAUUUUGUUUCUUUCUGAAAUGUUUUCUAUUUUUAUUUGGUUUACAGAAAAUAAAUUCAACCAACAAACUCUAUUAUUCAACGCCUGGAAAAUAGUAGAUGCCAGACAUGGAUGCAUUAAUGUGGACAAGUUUACUGAUGUUUCAACUAACUAUGGAAGCCACUUUGAUCAGUCGUCAGGAAAAUUCACUGUACCACUAAAUGGUUUUUAUUUAAUAAGCGUUGUUAUAAAUGGAAUAACAAAAGGAUCAUGCACUAUUAAAUGUUUUCAAUAUGUGAAAUAUGAAGAAUUUAAAUUGGAACAUUCAAGUCAACUCUGCUGUGUAUCGGACAACAGUUGUGUCCCAUGUAUUGUGGAAUUAAAAGCAGGAAAUAAGCUAUUUCUGCAAUUGGAAACUAAGGUGAUGGGACCCAUUGAUUUGAUCAGGAUUCAAUUUUCGUGUUUUAUGAUCAAAUAAGGAGGACAUAAAAUUAUCAAUGUUUGCUGAUGUGUUAUCAAACUAUACGUAAUUACCACUUCGUUAUAAUAACAUUUGAUAUAUUAACCGUAUUUCUGUUCAAAUAGUAGAGAUUUACAAGAGUACAUUCUGUUCGAUUACUCAACAGUAUAUAAGGUAGACUGUAGCUAUACAAAAACAAUGAUUAUAGAUUGGUAUUAAAUUAUAUUGAACAUGUAAAUACAAAAUUGAUUGUCAGCCCAAAAACAAUACCAGAAGUGACAAAAAAAAAAUAAGUCAGUACAUCUGGAAAGUAAUUGCAAAAUUUCUGUCCAGAUGCCACGGCGUUGUUGACCGAUUGGUUG